AUGGCUUCUUUUACUACUCUUACAUUCCCAUGCCUUGCGGCGUUCUCGUCUUCUUCUCCCAACUCGCCGAAUUCUCCUCUCUUCUUCUCCGCCCCAUCCCAGUUUCUGCUCCGCAAGAAACCAAACCAAACCAGGCUCAGACUAAUUUCAUGCAGAUCAGCCAACCCUAAUAAUAACAGUGACGAUAAUGCCCCCUCACUUUCGAGGAACAUUGACCGGAGAAACGUUCUUCUCGGCAUCGGUGGGCUGUACGGUGUCGCUAAUCUCGCCGGUACCACUAUUGCCUCCGCCGCAGACACCGCCAUUCAAGCCCCGGAUGUAACCAAAUGCCAUUAUCCCACGGAUUUGCCUGAUAACGCUGACGUCCCUGACACGUGCUGCCCCCCUGUGCCGGCUGUGACUAUCUCGGACUACCAGCUCCCCGCCGACGGCGCGAUGCGGACUAGGGUUCCGGCGCACUUGGCGAGCGAUGAAUUUAUAGCCAAGUACGAAGCCGCCCUUUCGGCUAUGAGGAACCUGGAUCCUUCUCAUCCCCACAGCUUUACUCAGCAGGCCAACAUUCACUGCGCUUACUGCAACGCCGGAUAUCAGCAAGUCGAUUUCCCAUCGGAAGUUAUCCAAGUUCACAACUCCUGGCUCUUCUUUCCCUUCCAUAGAUGGUACUUGUACUUCUACGAGAAGAUAUUGGGAAAGCUGAUUAAUGACCCCACCUUCGCCCUUCCCUAUUGGAAUUGGGACAACGAAAGUGGCAUGACCAUGCCCAAUAUGUUCAUGACCUCAACUUCUUCGCUCUAUGAUGCCAACCGUAACGCAAACUACUUCCCUCCCGCCAUUAUUGAUCUCAAUUACGCGGGGAGUGACAGAGGUUUGACCGACGACGAACUCAUCAAAGAAAACUUAGUGGCAAUGUACCGUUCCAUGGUGACCAACGCCACCACUUCCGACCUCUUCAUGGGACAGAAGUACGUCGCCGGCGAUGCACCUGACCCGGGGCAAGGCUCUAUGGAGAACAUCCCUCACACUCCGGUUCACAGAUGGGUCGGGGACUCGGUGAACCAGCCGAACGGGGAGGAUAUGGGGAAUUUCUACUCGGCCGGUCGAGACCCGUUGUUUUACUCUCACCAUGCCAACGUGGACCGCAUGUGGGUGAUCUGGCAACAACAGCUCGGCGGGAAGAAUUUCACGGACGACGCGUGGUUAGAUGCGUCCUUCUUGUUCUACGACGAGAACGAGAAUCCCGUCCGGGUCUACGUCAAAGAUUGUCUCGACAACGCGAAAAUGGGGUACGAAUACCAACCCUCCGCCCUUCCGUGGACGAACAGCAAGCCCGCCGCCUCGAGCACGGCCGGCCUGGCGGCCGCCUCGACCGCGCUAUCCGUCGCGGACGUGUUCCCGGUGACACUGGACAAAGCGGUCCAGGUGAAGGUCGCCCGGUCCAAGACUUCGAGAACCGAGGACGAGAAGGGGCAGGAAGAAGAGGUACUGGUGAUCGGGGGCAUCGAGGUGUCGGCGGAUCAGUACGUGAGGUUCGACGUGUACGUGAACGACGAUGAGCAGCCGGCGGGCGGGAAGGACAAGCCUCAAUACGUAGGAGGAUUCGCUCACUUGCCGCAGAAGCAGCAAAGUAGCACAAAGACGACGACGUCGUUGAGGUUGGGACUGAACGAAGUGCUGGCGGAUUUGGGUGCGGAAGACGAAGAUACAAUUUUGGUGACUUUGGUUCCAACCGUCGGCGGCGGCGUGGUGAAUGUCAGCAGCAUCGCCAUUGAGUAUUCUGCCAAAUAAAAAUCAGAGCUGAGCUGAUCGAGUGAUGUAGUAUGUGUGUUUUAUAUAUAUGCAGUCGGGGUUUGGCUGUCAUUAUUACGUAGUAAAUAGGUAUGAGGUAUUGAUAUCAGCAGCCGCUAUCUGCUACUAGUACGUACGUACUCCUAUCCUCAAUAAAGUUGUACAUGCAUGCAUGCACCAAUUGUAAUGGCUAUAUAUGAAGUCUAUCUUGUUGUUUUAGUAACGUCAUCCUAUUGUUAUUAUUA